GUUGAAGACAUCAGUGGAGGAACUUGUUUUAUUCGGACUGAGAACACUUGUUUAAAUUUAUUUUUGGACCUACAUCGCCAUGGCUGACUCACAUUUCCCAUUACCCCCUGAUUCUUUCUGUCCACUCUGCGCAGAUGGACUGAGGGACCCAGUCACCAUUCCCUGCGGUGACACGUACUGCCUGGAGUGUAUCAAGAUCUACUGGGACCAGUUUGACCACAUGGGUGUGUACAGCUGCCCUCAGUGCCGAACAACCUUCACACCACGACCCGUCCUGAGACGUAACCUACCAGACGUCCAGCAGCCUCGCCAGCAGCUUCCAGAGCUCACUCCUUUUCCCUACAUGCACCAGGAGUCCUACUGCGAUUUCUGCGUUGGUCGGCGCAAUAAGGCCGUGAAGUCAUGCCUUGUGUGCCUCGCUUACUAUUGUGAAACGCACAUCAAGCCUCAUUAUGAGUCAAGUACUUUCAAGAGGCACAAGCUGGUGGAUGAGAUGGGCCACCUGGACCGGAAGAUCUGCCCCCAACAUGAGAAAGGCCUGGAGCUGUUCUGUCGCUCUGACCAGAUGUGCAUCUGUGUGCUGUGCACGGUCAGAGAGCACCGCAGCCACAACAUCACUUCAGCAGAGGAAGAGCGCAUCGAGAAACAAAAAGUUCUGGUGGUGACCCAGUCUGAGGUGCAGCACAUCAUUUCAGAGAGGAUGAAGGAGCUGCAGGAGCUCAAGCACAAUGUAGAAGUUCUAAAAAAUGCCGCCCACCGUGCACAGACAGAAAGCGACAAGACCUUCCAUGAAAUGCUGCAGGCAGUCGAGCGCUGGAAGGCAGAAAUCAACCAGAUGAUAAUGUCCAACAUGCAGGCAGCUAUGUCACAGGCUGAAGGUUACGUUGAGCGCCUGGAGCAGGAGAUAAUGGAUCUACAGCGCAGAGACGCAGAACUACGACAGAUCCUCGAAACAGAAGACAACAUUCACUUCCUGCAGAAUUUUCCAACUCUGUGUGUCCCUCCGGAGGCCAUGGUCCCAAAAGUUCUCAUCAACCCUCAAUUCUCCUUUGGUGAAAUAAGCAAAACAGCCAUAGAGAUGAAAGAAAACCUGGAUGAUAUCUGCAAAAAAGAAUUGAGCAAAAUCUCCAAAACAGUUAAUGAAACUCCAGUCUACACACUUUUACCGAGGACUGGAGACAAACGUCUCAAAGUUCCUUCCAGAGUUGAUUCCCAGGAGCCAAAAGUGAGAAGUGAUUUCUUGAGAUGUAAGUGA